AUGACCACACCUUUCUUGACUCCAAAUACUAGCCAUUUAGAAGAUCCAACUGCCGACUCUGACCCCCUCUUUCUCACCGUCCGUUUCUCUGCCUCAAUUGCCGAUCUGCCUCUAGAUGUCUUAUACCCGGAUACCACUACCGCAGCUGGUCUGAAACAGUUAAUCCGUAUUCGCCUUCCGUCCGAUCUCUCCUCCCAUCGUCUUCGCCUCAUCUACGCCGGUCGUGGUCUCGAAGACACCGUUGCCCUUUCCGCCUCUCUGAAACUACCACCAUCGCCAUCUCGAUCACCGCGACUCCACACCGACGACGAUGAAGACGUGGAGAAAUCAUCCGCCGCAAAGGGCAAAGGCAAAGCCCCCGUAAGGGAACAACCCCGUCUCUAUAUCCAUUGCUCUAUCGGUGAUAUUGCCCUCUCCGCUGCAGAUCUCGCCGCGGAAGCCGCCGCAUCUUCUACGCUACAGCAGCAGCAGCCGCAGCGCGCAUCAUCCCAGUCGGAGAAACAUGAUUUGUUUACUUCGCAUUCCGGGCUGCAUACGACACAACAGCAACAGCAGCAGCAAGGUUCAUCCACGACGCCGGCGCCGCGUGGUUUUGAUCGGCUGUUAUCAGCCGGAUUUACAGCGGCAGAGGUAGCGGCGUUGCGGUCUCAGUUCCUGGCUAUUCAGUCUGUGUCGCGAACGCCGGAUACCAUGCCGAGCGGGGCAGAACUGCGCGAGCUCGAGGACCGGUGGAUGGAUGAAGGUUCGUCGUCCAUGACGGCGGGGGGUGGAGGCGCCGAGGGAACGUCCUUUGCGGAUGACGAUGGUGGAUUCGGAGCAGGGUCGCGAGGAGCGAUGGAUGAUAUGCUGUGGGGUGCUGUGAUGGGCUUUUUCUGGCCAGUGGGUUGUGCGAUGUGGUUAAGGCGAGAAGAGGGGGUUUGGAGCUGGCGGAAGGGGCUGGCGGUGUUCGUCGGUGUAGUGGUCAAUCUUGCGUUUGGGGCGAUGCGCAUGAUGAAUUGA